GUCUAUCUGUGAAGGGGUGGAGCCAGUGGGGAGGGGGGUCAGCGGGGGAAGGACGGCUGAAGACAGGUCUCCACACACAGCUCUGGGAGCCACAUUUGCAGCCUCGUCUGUCUGUCCAGAACCUGCUCCCACCUCAGGCCCAGGCUGACAGUGAGCUUCGAGAUGGGGUCUGAGCUGGAGACGGCGAUGGAAACUCUCAUCAACGUGUUCCACACCCACUCGGGCAAGGAAGGGGACAAGUAUAAGCUGAGCAAGAAGGAGCUGAAAGAGCUGCUGCAGACGGAGCUCUCCGGCUUCCUGGAUGCCCAGAAGGAUGCAGAUGCGGUGGAUAAGGUGAUGAAGGAGCUGGAUGAGAACGGAGACGGGGAGGUCGACUUCCAGGAGUACGUGGUGCUGGUGGCUGCCCUCACGGUGGCCUGUAACAACUUCUUCUGGGAGAACAGCUGAGCAGACAGCCCCAGUGGGCAGCGCCCUUCCCCUCUACCCUGCCACCCCUGCCCGUGUACUCUGCUUCCCCCUCACCCCGCGCCCCGCUCCCCACAGUCCCACCCUUGCCUACCCUCCAACAAGGGCGCAAGAGUCGUGGGCCAGGCCUGCAACUCUUUCAUUAAAGGCUCCUCUCUCGCCA